AUGAUUGUGUUUCAACCUAUCGGCACCGGACACCUUUUAAAUGUGCAGGAGGAACUCAAGGUUGAAUACGAAAUCAAGAAAUACCAGCGAACGGCAGAAAGUCGGGCGCCGCUGGAGUUGCUCAAGGUCCAUCCAUUGGGUAAAUCGCCGGUCAUCACAGAUGGGGAUGAUGUCGUAUUGGCGGAGAGUGGGGCAAUUGUCGAAUACAUCAUUCAGAAGUAUGGGAAUGGGAAAUGUACUCCAACUGAACCCGGAUAUCUCGACAACCUGUACUUCACUCACUAUGCGGAAAGCUCCCUCAUGCCGAUAGGCAUGUUAAAGAUAGUCUUCGAUUAUAUCCCGAAGAGCUCUCCAUUCUUCUUGCGCCCGUUGUUGAAUGCAAUCUUCAAUCAAAUCGAUAAACGUUUCGUCACACCGGAACUGACGAAACACAUGGACUUGGUCGAAAAGCACCUUGAGAAAACGAAUUCGUCAUGGUUCGCUGGAGGGGCAGAACCAACUUCAGCCGAUUUCCAGAUGUUUUAUGUCCUGGACACUUUGAUUGGGUUUAGCGGAUAUCCAGCAGGUCCCAAGACCAAGGCUUAUGUAGGGAUGGUUCGUUCCAGGCCGGCGUAUGUACGGGGUUUAGAGAAGUCUGGAGAAGCUCAGACUUGA